AUGUAUAGUGUCAUUGCUGGUGACUCGACAUGGUGGAGCUGGUCCUCUUACCUCGGUUUAAAGGCUGCGCAGCCGCUUGAUUGGGAAUGGGAGGGUUACCUUGAUUAUCUGUCCUGUGUUCGAAUCUCCACCACAUUCGAAGGUUCAUCCAUGCGGUUCAUACCUCUGCUCGGCCUGUCUGGUCUGAUCGGCUUGCAAAACCCCGUCCCGAUGGCUACGAGCACGUCAAAUGGACCAGAAAAGGCCCAGAAUUGGAAGACUGGGGCCAUGGCAGAAGAAUCAUAUGCCCUAAACCACCAGGACAACAGUGCACCAAUCACAGGGCACUAG